GUUGUCAUGGCAGCCGGAGGGGGCGGGGCCGGGGGAAGAUGGCGGCCGUGGCCCCGGAGCUGCUGGUGCUCCGCGACUCGGCCCGGUUCCUGGCCGACAACCUGCUGAGCAGCGAGGACUGGGAUGCUGCUCUCUACAGCUGCCUGGAUGAUGGGGAGGAGCCCGCCGCCCUCUUCCCCUGCCUGGAGCCCAGUGUGUUGUUUGACAACGGUUUCGACCUGGGCAUGGACACCAGCCCCCCAGAGCCGCCGUGGGACCAGAUGCCAACCAGCCUCUUCCCGGACCUCCAGGUGAAGUCCGAGCCCAUGUCCCCCGCUUCCUCCCACAGCUCAGACUCCUCCAUCCUCUCCAUGACCCCCGACCCCCCGAGACAGGCUGCAAGCCCGGACGACGUGAUGGGAGUGAAAGCUGAGCACCCCCCGACCCCACCCUGCAUGUUUGGAGACGUCCUGGCCCCCCCAGUUGGCACUGUCCAGAUCAGCCUUCUGCCAGCGCCAGAGACACAGACCGUGCCAGGGAAGCCGGUGACUCCCAUCAAGGCUGAGUCGAUCCUGAGCCGGAAGCCGCCCAUCCAGCCAAAGCCGGUGGUGGUGGCCACUGUCCCGGUGCAGCCCACGGCCACCCCCAGCCCCACCAUCCUCCUGCAGACGGUGCCGGGAGCCCAGCCCCAGCCCCUCAAGCCGGCCAUCACAGUCCCAGCACCGUCUGUCGUCAUCUCCCAGAGUGACCUCCUGCACCUCCCGCUCUCGGGGCUCCUCAAGGUCCAGCCCCCGGGGAAGGAGGGCCCCCCGGCCAGGCUCCCCCCCAGCGCCCCCAAACCCGAGGCCAAAACCAUCGUCCCAGCCCCAAGCCAGCUCGGACCCUGCAACCCGGAGAUUGACGUGAAGGUGCUGAAGCGGCAGCAGCGGAUGAUCAAGAACCGGGAGUCGGCCUGCCAGUCGCGCCGGAAGAAGAAGGAGUACCUGCAGGGGCUGGAGUGCCGCCUGCGGGAGGCGCUGGCCGAGAACGAGCGGCUCCGGCGGGAGAACGCCCUGCUGCGGCGCCGGCUGGACUGCGUCCUGGGCGAGAGCAGGGAGCUGAAGUUCAGCCCUGGGAACCGGAAGGUCGUUUGCGUCAUGGUCGUGCUGCUCUUCAUCGCCUUCAACUUCGGGCCCGUCAGCAUCAGCGAGCAGAAGGCUGUGGAGACGGUGCUGCCCAGCCAGGGGGCGGGGGCCGGGCAGAGCCGUCGGCACCUGCUGGGUGUGGUGGAACAGCCGCCGAAAGAGGAGCCAGGGGAGCUGAGGGAGGAGCUGGCCCCUGCCAGCGUGAGCAAGACCAGGUUCAGGAACAUCACGGCCGCCCUCUCCGGCAUGAAGGACCUGAUGCUGCGGGACCUGGACAAGCUGUUCCUGGCGUCCGACUGCCGCCACUUCAACCGCACCGAGUCGCUGCGGCUGGCGGACGAGCUCAGCGGCUGGGUGCGUCGGCACCAGAUCAACCGCAGGAAGCCCCUGCAGGCCCGCAAGCCACGGGCCAAUCAGUCACAGGAGUCGCCGCAGAGGGAGGCACCCAGCCCGUCGCGAUAUGUCCCAGCCAGCCCCCCCGAACACCCAGAGAGAGACUCGUUGAGCGAGCUACAGGUCUACCAGCGCCCCGACCGCACGGAGCACCACUUCAUGGACGCCAUCGACCGGCGGGAGGACACCUUCUACGUGGUGUCCUUCCGGAGGGAUCACCUCCUGCUCCCGGCCAUCAGCCACAACAAAACCACCCGGCCCAAGAUGUCGCUGGUGAUGCCGGCCAUGGCGCUGAAUGAGAGCCUGUACAAUGCGUCGAGGGGCUUCGAGGUGAUGAUGCAGAUCGACUGCGAGGUGAUGGAUACACGUGUGAUCCACAUCAAGAGCUCCACGGUGCCGCCCUCCCUGCGCCGCCCCCCAGCGCCCGACAACCGCACCCAGGCACCCUUGGUUCCGCCCCGCCCAGGCCGGGGCCCCCUGCGCUCCGCCCGGCGCCCCCGCACCUUCUACCUCGGGGAGCAGGGCGAGGGCUAGCCACGCCCCCUCCACGGGAGCCACGCCCACCCAGCCUAGCCACGCCCCUCCACGGGAGCCACGCCCACCCAGGUUAGCCAUGCCCCUCAGGGAGGGCCACGCCCACCCAUGGCUGGUCACACCCCUUGGUGACAGCCAAGCCCACCUGGCCCUCGCCUGGCCCCCGAUAUGCCAUCUUGGCAAUGGCCACGCCUACAUGUGGCUAGCCCUGCCCCUAUUGGUAACAGCCCCGCCUUUGUUGAGGCUCAUCCUGCCCUUGAGGAUAGCUCCUCCCACCUGACCAGCAUUAACCCCGCCCCUUUCAGAGAACCCCUCCUCUCCAUGAGCCUAGCCCCGCCCCCUCAGGCACUGCCCCUUCCCCCUGGGUGAGGGCUGGCCCUGCCCCCUUAGUGACCACCCCUCCCACAUGAGGCAGCACUUAGCCCCGCCCCUGGGGGAGACC